AUGUCCUCUCUCUGGCCAUUGAUUGCUGUAGUGUUUGCCUUGAAUUAUUCCAAUACAACAGAUGCACUGAUUUUUAGCAAAACAGAUUUGAAAAAUCUGAUACAAAGUGGAAUCCUAGACGCAAAUGUUUUGCGUUGCCAAUUAACAAGUACAAAUGUCUGCCCGAGUCCUUAUAUAGGAUUUCGCCUGCAUACACCGAAAUCGUCACGGUAUGGUGUUGCCAUUAAUAUCCGUAAUCCGUUGACUUUAUUUCAAGGCGGCUUCAGCAAAAAGCGUGAUACCGUUUUCAUUGUGCAUGGCUUCAAUGGGACGGCCAUUGACAAACAUUUGCAGUUUUUAAGGGAUGCAUAUCUAUCGAGAGACUUCAAUGUUAUUACCGUUGACUGGAGGCCAUUGACGCAGUAUCCAUGCUAUCUGCAAUCUUUGAUAAAUACCCGAUUGACGGCGCAAUGUACGGCACAGAUCUAUUCAUUUCUUACACAUCAUGGUGCGGCAAGAGAAACAAUCACCUGUGUUGGUCAUUCACUGGGUGCUCACAUUUGUGGUAUGGUCAGCAAUCACCUGAAUGUAAAGCAGUAUCGUAUCAUUGGCUUAGACCCAGCGAAACCCCUUAUCGAACGCAAGAAAAGCAAUCAAUUUCGUCUGUCUCUGGAUGAUGCCAAUGUCAUACAAGUAUUACACACAAACGCUGGCCAUUUGGGUCAGGAGGAAAAUACGGGUCAUUUGAACUAUUGCAUAAAUGGAGGCAGAGUGCAACCGUAUUGCAAAGGCAAUAAUCCAAUAAGAAGAUCUCGUUGCUCACAUUUCUUAAGCAUCUGCUAUUUGGCCUCGGCAAUGUUUAAGCAUCGAAGAUAUCUUGGUGUGCCUUGUCCAAAUGGUUGUGUCAAUAUAAGCGGUCCCCAACGCCUACCAGUGUCAAGCAAAAAUCCUUUCGAGGCUGUAGCACAACUUCGGGAAUAUUAUAUAGGCAAUGAUGCUUCAGAUUACGCCAGAGGUUGCGUUUGCCUCGAUGUUCCAUUUGCCAGGCAUUGUCCGUUUAGUGAAAUAAGUUAA